AGCCGACAUCCUGGAGAUUGAGGAUAUGAUAUCAGCCUGUGAAACACAGGAAUUUGUACCAUUUGGAAGAACGUAUAUUGAGAAACAUCCAGGAAUAUUUGAACUACAAGUACAGAACCAUGUAUGCACAGAACAAGGAGUGCCCCUGGUCAAGUCAUUCAGAGAUAUUUCCAUCACUGAUUCUAAAAAGCCCAAAGAACAGUGGUCCUUCAAAAGGCAGCAUAAACUUUGUCCAUCGGACAGUGAAACUUGUGAUGAAGAGCUAUAUGUGAGUGGAAACACAGUCAUUUGGAGCCAUGGGGGACAUGGGGGAGUGCAGCAUAUCCUCAAAUCCUUCACCAUGGACACACCUGUUCUACAGGCACUUUGGUUUGAUUUCAUUUUACCAAAUACAGAGACAAUUCCAGACCCUCCUCAUUCCUUGGAUAUUGAGGGGGAGCUGCAGUCAGGUAUCUGUGUGGUUGAGAUGGGCUGUGUAAGUUGUUUCUGUGAAACAGGAGAAGAAUACUCCAUGGCAUUGCCAUUUCAGAUUGCAAAUGCUUGGAAGAUGAAGAAUGGCCUCCUCUUUGAAAGAACAGUGUCAGUAGCAGAGUCAAGUAACAGUAAAAGAAAUUUCCCAAAUCAGACCACAGUGUUCAGUAUGUUACAUUGCUUGGAUGAAGUUUCACCUGUCAUAAUGAGAACAAAUACCAGCAGUGGGUUGAAGGUAUCCUACAUGACAGACACUUCUCAGCACAUUGUAUUUACCAGUGUAGAACCAUCUUUAGCACUGAUGUAUGACACACAGUUAGGAGUUCAUUCAGCCUGGAAAAUUCAGAGGGCUAAAUUUGAAGACUGUAACUUAGUAUGUGGUUCACUGGACAAUAGCCUGUAUCAUCCUGUUCCCGGGACCCCACUAAACAAUCAGUCCAGCUGCAGUUCACGUUACUUUGGAAACAUUUCCUCCCAGUCACCCAGUGUGUCCCCAAUGAGAAGUUUUUCAGGGAGGAUUAGUUCACCUGGGUGCCUCCAUCUUCCUCAACCUAUCAGUCCAAUGAUUUCUAGAUCUCAAUCACCAGCUAUAACAAGUGGCUCUCUUCAUCGAUUUCACACACCAUCUCCAAGCAUAGGCAGACAUUCAGGAAAUUACUUCCGAACACCACCUGUUUGCUCAAAUAAUGUUUCCCUCAUCAAUGAAAGCUUUACAGAAUGGGUAGAACCUCUGAGACCAGAAGUCUGUUUGGAACACAUCUGGACAGAGCCUGCACCAGCAAUUAGAGAUGGAUCCUUGGGAAAGUCUAGCAAAGUUUUCCAGAUGAAAGACCUCUGUGGACAGCAAUACUUGUGUUACCUCGUGUCAUACAGACAACAAUUACGAUGUGUUAAGUUUGAGGAGAGCAACGAUUUGAGUCAAUUGAUAUUUGGGUCUGUUUCUAUUAUCCCUGCUAAAGAUGCCCUUCCAAUUGAGAGUUUAAAUCUGUUGGUGAUACUUGAUCCAAAUGGAGUAUUAUUUAUCUACAGUGGUGUUACCAAGAUAAAUCGGCUUCAUGUUUCAACACUGCCUCUUGGAUCAGGCUCUAUAAAUAUGCUGAAACCUGUCACCCCCAUCAAUAGCCCACAGAGGGGAGGAAUAUUUACCUCCAGCAGACCCCCUAGUGCUAUGGAUCAAGCAGGAUUUGAUGAAGAGAUAACUAGACUUUCACCAGUACAAACAGAUUUGGAGGAUUCCUCACACUUUGAUGAAUUUCCAACACAUUCUAGUUAUAUACAAGGCUUGAGAGAUAAUGUGGGGGCCAGGUUCACUAUCGAAUUAAUUAAUGGCAGUAUGUGUAGAGCAGUGAUGCCAAAAUCCUCAGCCUCACCUGGGAUCGAGAAAAGUUUACUGUCACUUAGACACAUGCUGCCACGAGAUGUUGCCAUCACUAUCCUUGGUAAAUGGUACACAGCCAGAAAUACUCCAGGAGGGUUAGUGAACCAGUCAGAGUGGGCCCUUUUUACCAAAACUUUGUUUGGACUCAUGGGAUAUGACACAUCCAGAUUAGCUUUGACUCGUCAGGAAGAUGCAGACAUAUCAGCUUCACCAUUAAUGCUGGCCAAAAAACCAAGACAAUCAGAUCAGGGCUCAGAGGAUGAUUGGGAUACAAUGAUAAGUUCUGACCACCACAAGUUAGUGAAGUCUGUGUUUGAGAACAGUUUGGGAUUCCAGUCACCCAUUGACUUGUUACAGACCUCGAAACACUCCUUCCCGUCUUCAAUAAACACUUCUGCUGUGUUGUUUGUGCAGAUACCAGCUGUGUUUAUAGCAUUACAUCUUACUUUUGAGGAAUUACAGUUAAAUACAACUCUAGUUGAAGAGGUAGAAAAUUUGGUGCCAAUUUUAUACCAACUUUCAAGCGACCUAAGAAGAUCGAACUAUGCAGAUUAUUACUGUAGGAAGUUCCCAUCUUUGUUUGACAGUUGUAGUGAUGAAGAAAGCCAAAUUACAGAGGAUCAUCUUUCGAGACUGCAGUAUCCCAAUGUAGAUUUUGACUUUGUGUUUUCUGUUGAUCAGUGGGUUAGUCUUGCCUUAAGACAAGUGGACUGUAGACCCUUUCCAUAUAUACCUGGUGUUUCUAAUCUUACAAAAAGCAUAAUCUCGUUGUAUGCAGUCUUGGUCAAACAGAACAUGACAACAGAACAAGCAGUGGAUCGUUGUCUGAGGAGGCUUGCCCCUUCAGGUCACAGGGGACCCAUAUCAGAUCUGUCUCUCUCUAGGAGUUUUUCUGUGACAGUGCCAACAAACAGUGUACAGGAAAGGACAGUGUUGUACAUGACCGACUUAGGCAUGACCCUAGAUGACUUGGAAUAUUUACCCAUAGGUUUAUCCUUGCCUUUAAGAGAAGCAAUAUUUCACUGCAGAUAUAACCCUCCAUCUGACUGGCCAGAAGAACCAUAUAUUCUCAUAGGGCGCCAGGAUUUAUCACAGCUUUUGUCUCUUGGCAAGAAAAAAAAAGUGUGUUCACCAGGAAUGUAUUCCUAUAAGCCUUAUCCAGAUGUAGAAGGGACACAGUAUGAAGAAGAUGGCAUGGAACAUUUAGACCAAGAGCUUUUGAGGUUAAGAUUCUCUGAAGAUUUACGAGUAUCAGAAGCCAGACGACUACUUCAGUCCUCACGUCCAGCAAGAAUUUCUUUAACCCAGAGACCGGAGGUCAGUGAUCAUGAUUUUAUUGAGGAGCAAGAGCGACAUUUAUACAAUAUUUGCAUAAGAACCAUGGCACUUCCAAUUGGGCGUGGGAUGUUCACACUCUGCACAUAUCAUCCUCUUCCAACUGAACCUUUGCCAAUUCCCAAGCUCUGUCUACAGGGGAGAGCUCCUCCAAGAAAUGCCACUGUAGACUUAACACACAUAGAUACCCCUGCCAACAUGAGCACAUGGCCACAGUUUCAUAAUGGAGUGGCUGCUGGAUUAAGAAUGGCAGAUUUUUCACAGGUUGACUCUACUUGGAUUUUGUACAACAAACCUAAAGGCAAUGAAUUAACCAAUGAAUAUGCUGGCUUUUUGAUGGCACUUGGUUUGAAUGAGCAUCUCAUUCAUCUUCACUCCUUAAAUGUCCAUGACUAUCUCAGCAAAGGGAGUGAAAUGACAACAGUUGGACUCCUUCUUGGUUUGGCAGCAGCAAAGAGAGGGACCAUGGAGUUUGCCACCACUAGGAUUUUGAGUAUUCAUGUGGCAGCAUUCCUUCCUCCAACCUCAACAGAACUGAAUGUCCCUCACAAUGUCCAAGUAGCAGCAAUAUUAGGUGUUGGUCUUGUGUACCAGGGCACUGCCCAUAGACACACAUCUGAAGUACUGCUGUCAGAGAUAGGGCGGCCUCCAGGACCUGAGUUAGACAACUGUACAGAUAGGGAAUCUUACUCCCUGGCUGCUGGGCUGGCAUUGGGGCUCAUCAUGUUUGGGAAAGGCAAUGAGGUCAUUGGUACGUCUGACCUUGGAAUGGCAGACACACUCUGUCAUUUUAUGACAGGAGGACACAAGCGCCCCCUGAUAGGGAACAACAAGGAAAGAUACAAGGCCCCCAGCUAUCAGAUUAAGGAAGGUGACAACAUCAAUGUGGAUGUGACUUCUCCAGGAGCCACCCUUGCUCUCGGCAUGCUUUACUUUAGAACAAACAACAGUGCAGUAAUUGACUGGCUAAGGGUUCCAGAUACACAGUUCAUGUUAGACCAAGUCCGUCCUGAUUUUCUAAUGCUAAGGACCAUAUCUCGAGGACUUGUCAUGUGGGACUACGUCGUCCCAAGUUUUGACUGGAUCAAGUCAAUGAUUCCACCUAUAUUGCAAGAAAAAGCCUUUGAAAGAAAGCAAGGAGAGGGUGAAGAUGUAAUGAUUGAUUAUGAAACAAUGAGCCAGAGUUACUGUAAUGUUGUGGCAGGAGGCUGUAUGGUGAUUGGUCUGAAGUUCGCAGGAACAGCCAAUCAAAUGGCAUUUGGAACACUGAUGAAGAGCAUUAAGCUGGCUCUGACCAUAAUGUCCAGUCAGUCCCAUGUAGAACAGACGGGGAGAGGUGUGCUGGAGAAUUGUAUGGUCACCAUUCUUCUCUCCUUAGCCAUGGUGAUGGCAGGCUCAGGUAAUCUUGAGGUCCUCAGACUUUGCCGUAUGCUGCGUUCUCGGAUUGGACCACCACAUAAUAUUUUUGUGACCUAUGGAUCUCACAUGGCAAUCAGUAUGGCUGUUGGUCUACUGUUUCUGGGAGGCGGCAGAUACUCCUUGAGUACUACUCCAGAGGCAAUAGGUAUUAUGCUGUGUGCAUUUUUUCCCAAGUUUCCAUUUCACAGCAAUGAUAACAGGUACCAUUUACAGGCUUUCCGUCAUUUGUAUGUUCUGGCCACAGAAGCCAGAGUUGUCCUUCCUAGAGAUGUGGAUUCAGGGGAACCUUGUUAUGUACCUCUGGAAAUCAAAUUCAAGGAUACUGAGGAUUAUUCUGGAGAAUGUUUUAGGACAUCUGCACCUACACUUCUUCCUCAGCUGGAUAAAAUUAAAGAGGUUAAAAUACUUGGACCCAGAUACUGGCCAAUAACAUUUCAAAUUGACAAAAACUGGAGUACUUUGCAAUUGCUUCUAAAGAAAAAUGGUGUUCUGUUUGUAAAGCAGAGGGCUGGCUAUUUAUCUUAUGUUCUGGACCCAAAGGGAUACAGAAGUAUGCUGGCAAAAUCUUUAACCAGUGAUCACUCAAGUCAUACCUCAGUGCAGCCUGAUGUUAUUAAAGCAUUUACAUCUGACCCCGUUAUAUCAUCAAUGGCUGACUAUUUCUUGAAGGGAAAAGAGAAUUGUCAGAGAAGCAGAACUCUUCAGAAGUUGUCGUCCAUAUUGUACUCGAGUGUGACCCGAGAAAAACCUGAAGUUAUCUCAACUCACAUGAGACUUGAUCAGGUCUUGAACCAGUCCAGUUUCUCUUUGUCCCAUCUUGGAAUUAGACAACUGAAGAAUAUUUUUGCUUACUACUACAGUUCCUUCAGCUUUAGGAAAUCUGGAAGUAUUUCCACUGCUCAGCUGCUUCAAAUGGAAUUUCUGUUGGCAUUAAAAUCACAUCUGGAGGAAAAGCUUGAUAAAUGGCAAGCAGCCAACAUGGAAGUUAUUGUGAAAUAUCUACAAACCAACACUGUCAAAGGCUGCAACAUGUCCCUCUUAUCAGCCUAUGUCACGUGGUAUGAUAUUUCAACGCCAGAUGAGAUAUCAAAAAUUGUUGUGGAAGGAGGUCCUACAUUACCAGUGCUGUGUGCCACACUCCCACAUUUACCAGUGAACACAGUGAUGCAGAUUCUUACUGCCUGGCAGGCUGCUGUGUGACAAUAAUGUGAACAAAAUGGACAUCACAUAGAAUUGAAAAUUAUGUGAACAAAAGUGAACAAAACAGAUAUUAUUUGCAUAGAACUGGAAAUAAUUGUGAAUUACUGAAAAAAAAGUUGUAAACUAGAAAAAUCAAAUAUAUAUAACUCUAAGAGUUUAAUUAAUGUGUUCUGUACAGUGGAAAUAACUUUGUACAUGUA